CCUGUCAUCUGGUAUCUAUCUACAGGGAGACAAGAAUCAACGUAUCUAUCGCCAAUAGUCAUCCUGGGAACGGAUCCUCUACAUUCCUCCUUGGUCUUCGGGCCAAAGGCAGAAGCAGUUUCUGCCUGCCCUUCUGGCAUCUGCCAGUCUCAGAAUCUGCCAUGCAGCGGCCCAAUCCAAUCAAUGACACCUCAAAGCCUCGGAGAUCGAGAAAUGGCUGCCGAGGGUGUCGUCGUGUGCGUCGCAAAUGUGACGAGCAGAGGCCGUCGUGUGGAAGAUGUCUAGAGAACGGCCAAACCUGCUCGUACCAAGUGGUUCUCUCGUGGGGGGGUCGCCGAUUUGGCAAAUCAGCAUUUGGCGAAAUCGCCAAUGUCGUCGCGAUUCCUAUUCAGACAGAGGCAGAGGCAGGGAGACAAUCGAGCACCUCUGAUGUAGCCACUGAUCAGGCCGAUACGCCUUUCAUAUACGGUAUCGAACGACAACUCAAGGAACAAGGCGACGAUCAACAUGAACUAUAUGUACCACCUACCGAGUCCCAGCUGCUGCAUCAUCGUCGUCGUCGACCGACGAGUCACAUAUGGAGAAAUCCAGACUGGCUGAUUGAUCUACCGUCAGCCCAGCGGCUGCUUCUUUGUCACUUUGCUGGUAGUACGGUCAUAUUCAUUGUUCUGCACAAGAAGCUUCACUCGGACUUUUGCUCCACCAUCAUACCCAUGGCACUCGAUAAAUGUCAUGGCAAUGUUCUUUUAGCCGCCAUUCUAAGCACCGCAGCUGCUCAUCGAAAAUCACUGGGACUUUCCUGCGAUGACAUCGCAUACGCACGUCAGAAACAGCGGGCGCUUCAAUUGCUAAGCCGACAGCUUAGCCAGCAGCCAAUAGAGCCGACCGAUCAUGGUGAUGUGUGUAUCGCCACGUCUCUGACAUUGUGCCUGUGCGAGAUUCUUGAAGGUGGCGAAAAACCCAACUCAUGGCGGGCACACCUCAAAGGUGCAGCCGCGCUACUGGGGGUCGGACGAAAGCAUGGCCAAACAUCAAGCUCGACGACAACAGAUACCAGAGACACGCCUUCAAGGACGCUUCUUCGGCGAUGGUGGCAGACAUAUGAAGGCCAUACGCUUUUCAAUGACAGACCCGUUCCAUUGUUUGAUCAAGAUCAAGACCGUCACCAUCUGUCUACUCAGUCAGCCAGUGAUGUCAAUGCCUACAUUGAUGACUUUCACGGGUUCUCCAUCGGUCUCUUGCCAAUCAUUGAUGAACUCAACCUGCUCAUCAUCGAGAGACAAGCCAUCAAGGAUAUGAACAAUGCUGGCUUGAACUGUACGCAGCUCCUCGAUGUGGUCGAGUUGCGAGGUAAUCGGCUGGUAUUGGACGUCAAAAGAAUGCUUGAAAAUCGUCUGCCAAAGGUCCACGACACCUUUGAUGUAUCGGACGCAUCGCUGCUAUUAUCUGAAUUGGUUGAUUUAGACAAAGCUUAUCAUCACAUCACCCUCCUCAAGAUCUACCAACGAGUACUGGGCCUCCAAUCAACGAAUCCCAACAUUCAACGCGCUGUCGGCCGAGCAAUCGAGUGUAUCAGCAGGAUCACUCUCCACGAUUUUGCAUGUCCUGGUGUUGCUUUGCUUCAACCGGUCUUCACCGUCGGAUGCGAAGCUCACAGCGAACAAGAUCGCAAUUUUGUGAUCGCAUGGUUGGACAAGUUGAGGAAGCAGAAUGCCAUGGGGAACGUCGGUUGCGCAAAGGAGUUUCUCCUGGAGCUGUGGCAGAAACGCGACUCGACCAGUCCUCCCGCGGAGUAUAUCCACUGGAACGAACUGCUUGGUAAGGCCACCUUUCCUCCGUUGCCUCAUAUGUAUCACAUUAUGCAUAGCUGACCAUAGUGUGUAGAACAUAAAGGGUGGGAGCUAGCAUUAUACUGAUUCGAUG